AUGGCACAACCUGUCGAUGCAAGGAAUCCUGUCCAGCCCGAGACACUACGAUCCCAGCACAAUGUCGGGCAAGAUGCUGAUGCUAAUUCCAUGCCUGGUGACACUACGGUCAUCACCACAGCGACGCCAAAACGUCAAUAUCUCAACCUGAAUCCUCUGAAGAAGCUCGAUUUGCCCCAUCAUCAGGCAUAUAACAACGCUGCCUCAGAUCAUAAUGUAAGCUUAGUGCACUUUCUCGACAGCCUCUUUAGCGAAGUACGAAAAAUUCAAUUCGAUGAAGGUUUUGAGAACCGCGGGACCUGGAGCCCCGACAGUGGGAAUGUAAUGAUGCCUCCAUUGAACGCUACGGAGAGCAACGAUGAUAUUCCUGUCCCAGUCUCGGUCGAGAAGCGCAUCAAAGACUUGAACCAAGCCAAAUGGGCAGUCAGGACUUCUACUCAUAGCAAUACCCAUGUCAAGUUUUCCGAGUUGGGCGACCUGCUAGCAAAAGACCACAGUCGCAAUGAAGCUACCUAUACGCCGAGCGUUUUCGACGCCAUCGAACUUUUGAAGUGGGACCACGAAGAACUAUUAAAAGCUGUACAGCGUUCAGGUCACCAUAAGGAAAUUCACAGUGUAGAAAUGUUUAUAUCUCAAAUGUUCCAUAUGAUGCCCAAGGUCGCUGGUCUUAGCUUACUACAAGACCGUGUAUUCCAUGUGUUGGUCGUCACAGCAAACACAUACCAGAAGGAGGCUCCUUCUGUGCUCUGCAAAUCAUUCACCGUUCAGCUUCCGAUUGAUUAUGCAUCAUUCGGCGAUGUCAAGAUCGUACAAGAGACGAGUCGAAUGAAGAUGCGAGGUUCUUCCCAAUGCUACCAUUUCCCUUCCAGCGCGGAGUCUGGAUCAACACCUGAUGCAAACCAGAAGCAGCGACAAGGGAAGAAGCUGACAGAGGGCACCUACGUCUCAUUGGAAAGGCUCAUUGGAGCAGACUCUGCGAACAACGACCGUCAUCGUUGGGAUAUGGUAGGCCUCGUGUUUCAGGCGCUAGUGGAUGUAUGUUGA